AUGCUCUUCCUCAUGGUGUUAAGCUGCUGGCUCCACAGUAUUCUUGCUAUGUUUCUCAGUAUCUACCACGAUAUUGAGGAUCUCAACGAAGUAGUGGAUGCAGCCAUGUUUUUUAUUAUAUCUUCAGCUGCAAGUUGCACUCAAUUAUAUUUCAGGUUCCGGAGGGCUACUCUAGUGAGGACGUUGAGGCUCACGGAUGCAUUCAUCUGGGAGGAUUUGCCCCACACUGACCCUGACACCGGAUCCCGGGCAAUGACUGCCUGGAUUCCACGUAUCCAGAGGUUCACCACUCUUAUUAUAGGGGCCGCCGUUAUUGUCAACGGGACUAAAAAUUUAAUGCUUAUCUUUUCAAGUGACAACCAUUCCAUGGUCUAUCAUACGUGGUACCCUUUCGAUACAGCGAAAAGCCCUACCUACGAGUUGAUCAACAUAGCACAGGUCAUCGCUACUAUUCAAUGGGCAUGUUUCUUCUACGGCGUGCCUUCCACUUAUGCUACAUUGGUAUGCAUCGCGUGCAGUCAGCUGGAAAAGCUGAGAGCGAACCUCCUCAAUAUCAGACAGGUAUUCGACACACCAGCGCAGGAGUCGCGAGCUGAGACUGGCCGAAAUGAAGGUAGACAAGUCCAGACGUCUCAGGAAGUGUUCUGCCGCAUGCAGGAGCAGCUCAACGACUGCAUACGUCAUCACCAGCUAAUCAUACAGUUUAUUCAUGCAAUUGAGGAGAUGUUCAGCCCAUACUUCGCUGGUUAUUUUUUCAUUUUAAUGGGCGGCCUAUGCAUUACUGCAUACACAGCUGUUUUGCGAUGGGGGAAUCCAGCGCAGCUGUCUGAGUCGGUUUUAGUGUAUGUCCUCCUCUCAAUCACCGUGUUCGUGUUCUGCUGGUUUGGAAGUGAGCUGAGCCACCAGGCUGAGAGAGUGAGAGAGGCCGCCUGGGGCUGUGACUGGGUGGGCACACCCCUUCCGUUCAUGCGCUGUCUCAGUUUCGUCAUUAAGAUGGCGAACAAGGAAUUAGCGCUGACUGCUGGGAAAUUUGUCCCCGUAUCCAAGGCGACCAUGAUGAACAUGAUGCAAGAGUCUAUCUCUCUCUUCAUGUUCUUGCUGCAGAUCAAAGAAAAGGAAGAGACAUUGGAGGGCCCAGAAUGAAUUACAGAUUUGUUAAGAAAUGUAACUUGUAGUAAGAGAAAUAUUCCUCUGUUAGCAUGGCCACAAGGGCGUCAUAUACUUGAACACACGCACACACGCGCACGUGUUGUAGCCGACGGUUCCAGAAUUAGUAAAAAAUGGCUGCUGGUUGUGAAAGAAGCCAUAAAGACACAAGGGACCAAGAUAAG